AAGUUUAGUCAGCGUAAAAAAUUAAAUCCACCCCCUAAUCUAAUCGUAUCCAGACACCAUUAAACACCAUUAAUGAAUCAACCCAAACAGGAAUAAAAUAGGCGGAGCGAGACUACUUUCCUCACUAAGCACUCUUGCCGUUCACCUACUGCACAAAUGGAUUCUCUGGUUCUAUUCUGUACUGGGGCUCUCCUCGCCGGUGGUCUCUUCUGGUUCUUAUGUAUCCUCGGUCCCGCUGAACAGAAGGGCAAGCGCGCCGUUGAUCUCUCCGGUGGUUCGAUCGCAUCGGAUAAGGUCCAAGACAAUUACAAACAGUAUUGGUCCUUCUUCCGCCGUCCCAAAGAGAUCGAGACAGCGGAGAAGGUACCGGACUUUGUUGACACGUUUUACAACUUAGUCACCGACAUUUACGAGUGGGGAUGGGGUCAGUCCUUCCACUUCUCCCCUUCCAUCCCAGGCAAAUCUCACGCGGAAGCCACGCGCCUCCACGAGCAGAUGGCGGUCGAUCUCAUCGAUGUGAAGCCCGGAGAACGAAUUCUCGAUGUCGGAUGCGGAGUCGGAGGUCCGAUGCGGGCAAUCGCUGCCCAUUCACGCGCUAAAGUGGUGGGAAUCACCAUCAACGAGUACCAGGUUAACCGUGCCCGAUCUCACAACAAGAAGGCGGGAUUAGAUUCUCUCUGCGAGGUUGUUUGUGGAAAUUUCCUUCAAAUGCCUUUCGCCGACAACAGCUUCGACGGCGCGUACUCGAUCGAGGCGACCUGUCACGCGCCGAAGCUGGAGGAAGUUUAUGCCGAGGUGCUUAGGGUUUUGAAGCCCGGAUCUCUUUACGUGUCAUACGAAUGGAUCACAACUGACAAAUACAAAGCUGAUGAUGCUGAACACGUGGAGAUCAUUCAGGGAAUCGAGAGAGGGGACGCUUUGCCUGGGCUCAGAAGCUACACUGACAUCGCAGAGACGGCGAGGAAGGUCGGGUUUGAGGUCGUGAAGGAGAAGGAUCUGGCGAGACCACCAGCGAAUCCGUGGUGGUCCCGGUUGAAGAUGGGCCGGAUCGCGUACUGGAGGAAUCACAUUCUGGUUUCAAUCUUGUCUGCUAUUGGGAUUGCUCCAAAGGGGACCGUUGAUGUCCAUAAGAUGCUGUUCCACACCGCUGAUUAUCUGACCCGCGGGGGCGAGACCGGGAUUUUCAGUCCGAUGCAUAUGGUACUCCUCAGAAAACCCAGAACCGCUUCGUCUUAACCAAUGAUCGCAGUCUCUCUCUCGGCUUUCACCACAGGUGAUUCUAGCGUUUUCGCUUAAUCAUGAAUCUGGGUUUAUGAUCAUCGUUUUUAAUUUAAUCAUCUUGUAUUUUUGUGCUUGACUUAUUUAAAUUUCCGUGAUUAGAUCUUAUUUUCUGUUGUUGGUGAUAGUGAAGAAAAGUUCUAAUGAAAUUUUUGUUUUCUAUUGUCCUUGGUA